AUGGAGAAGCCAGAUCACCGCUCUGUACGCUCUCGUUCAGCAUCAGUCAGUUCCCAAGGAGAGCUCGAACAGUGGUGUGAACAGAAUGGUGGAUUCUCGGACAUCCUUGACCCCGAAGAUGAACACGCUACUCUUUUUGCCUCUCUGGGGAUUCCAACCCGCAAAGAGCUAGAGGUCCAGUGGCAUGCUCAGAUGUUCGGGACAACAGCAAGUCAACAGGCUUCUGCAAAUACCUCCAGCUCUCAGUCUGCAAGAGAAACCCGUCUGAACCCCGUCACAACAUCGGAGACCUUUGUCGAGCUUCCAUCGAACAAGAGACGGAAGCAUGCCCCCCAAAUAAGUGCGAAUAAUCGUACACCGACUGGCCUCACGGCUGACAGAAACCAAACGCAGACGGAAAAGGCUUGCAAUCGAUGCAGGGUCAAAAGGCUCGCUUGUGAUUCAGCCUCGGACGGCUGCAUCGAAUGCAAAAAGGCUAACGUCGAGUGUUUGAUCACAGACCGGAUGACGGGGAAGACAUUGAUCAGAAGGGCUGCUGGCUAA